AUGGAAACAAUAACACUGGUGCCGAAUAAACCUGUGUUUGAGAAGUUGGAAGAGUUGCAUCUCCUUGGUGUGAGUUGCCUGAAGGAAUUAUGUGUUGGUGAAUUACCCGUUGGGUCUCUAUGCAAUCUCAAGUUAUUCAAGGUGGAAUAUUGCCAUGACUUGGUAAAGACACUCUUACCAUCAAAUUUUUGGCAGAGACUACACAAUAUGGAAAAACUAAUUUGUGAAGAUAUGAAUCAAAUGGAGUAUGUUUUUGGAUCCAAGGGGAUGGAGUCAGAAGAUAUUAUCUUGAUAAAAUUGAGAGAGAUGAUAUUGUGGAAUCUAGAGAAUCUAAUAGGCAUAUGCAAUGGUCCUGCUCCAAAUGCAGUCUUCCAUAGUCUUAAAAGUUUGGCAGUAUAUGGGUGCAAGAAACUGAAACAUCUGUUCACAUACGAUAUAGCUCAUUGUCUUUUGCAUUUGGAAGAUCUUUCGGUGACUCAGUGUUCUAGCUUGGACAGGGUUAUCGAACCUAGCAAGGAAACAGUCAACAAGAAGAUGGUUUUUCCUGAAUUGAAAAACUUAGCUUUGUCAUAUCUUCCACAGCUCACAAGGUUCUGCAGUAGUGAAAGUGCUACCAUUGAGUGCCCUUCAUUGGAACACUUGCAUGUGCAGGACUGCCCCCAUUUUACAACCUCUAUUUCUGACUUCCACAGCGGGAAUCGAUUCAUCCAAGUCAAUGAUCUACGACAUUUGAGGAUGAGCAAAGACUUAAAUAACAUCAAUUUAGCUGGCCAGCACACCAUGGACAUCCUUGAGAGCCUACCUCAUAAUGUCAGAAAGCGGCUUGAGUUCAUGAGAGAAAUUGAGAGUCAACGUGAUGAAUUAGAGGCCAAGUUUUUCAAGGAGAAAGCUGAACUUGAAGCCAAGUAUCAGAAAUUAUAUCAGACUCUCUACAGCAGGCGAUACUUGAUUGUGAAUGGUGUUGUUGAAACUGAAGGAGUUGCCCCUGAAACAACAACAGAUCAUGAGAACAAAACUGCAAAAGAGAGAGGAGUGCCUGAUUUCUGGCUGAAUGCAUUGAAGAACAAUGCAGUGCUAGCCGAGGAGAUUACCGAGUGUGAUGAAGGAGCUCUUAAAUAUCGUAGAGACAUCAAGUGUUUUAAGAUACAUAAUUCCAAGGGGUUCAAGAUUGAGUUCGACUUUGACACCAAUCCAUUUUUCAAAAACUCUGUUUUGACAAAGACAUACAUUGUUUGGACCCAAAAUGAACAUUUUGGCCUGACAAGGCAUGUGUUGGAGAAAUUGAGCCAAUGUCAGUGGCUCAAGCUAUAUAUUGUCGACAAGCUCGAAAUAUAUAUUUAGAGGCUAAAUAAAGCCUACUAUGGAAGCAUGGAAGCAUGAAAAGUCAACUUUAGCACAUUUUCCUACUUCGGCUAGGAGAAACCGAGCUAAACAAGGAAGGAGGGGUGGCAGACUGACCAAAUGAACUUGAAAUGAGCUGAAACUCUGCAGAUCCAUUCUAGACAGCCCAAGGAUCAUUUCUUCUGAAUAGUGCCAGAGAUUUUUUUGAGUGGAAGGCCUUCAAACAAUCAGUCCAAUUUUCUACAGAAGCAAAACUGGAAAACUGGACCUGUAAGAGGUCCAGCAGCAUUUCCAGCCCAACCGCAUGGAAUAAAGCUCUGAAAAUUUGUCAGGAUGAUCUACACUCAUAGUGAAACAUUUUUUAUGAAGAAGUCGAAGGCUCAUUCUGAAGUCCUGUUGGAGAAAUAAUUGAAGGAAUAAAGGGGCAGAAACUGACCUAAAACCAGCUCAAUAUUCACAUGUUCAUGUUUCAUACCCACAUGAAGAAAGCUAGAUGCUUUUCUUCUUUUCCUUGGAUAUAUUUUUCAAGACAAUCUCUUUAAUAGAUCAUCAUCACUUCCAUGUUUUUGCACCUUCAUGCAUUGCUUUCAUUUCAUCAUUUCUCUAUCUUUUCCAUAUUUUACAAAUCACUUUCAUACUCCACUUUCAUUAUUUUUCUUCCACUCAUCAUUUCACUCUUCUUUUUCUUCCCUAUAUAAACACCUUCUCCUCUCAUUCUAAAACACCCAUUCACAUUCAACAACAACAUCUCUAAGAUGAUCUAAGUUCUCUCUAGAGCAACCUCUCUAAGAGCAACUCCUCUCCUUCUCUUUCUCUUACCGGUGAUCACACUCCUAGUCCUAGUCAUCUCAGAAGCCGACUUUCAGUGCCACUAAACCCUCUGUCAAUGUACUUCGGUCCUAGUCUCCUCGAGAGACGAUUGUAGUACCACGACCAAACACCGACACCAAUACACAUUCACAACAUCAAAACAUCUCUAAGAUGAUCUAAGUUCUCUCUAGAGCAACCUCUCUAAGAGCAACUCCUCUCCUUCUCUUUCUCUUACCGGUGAUCACACUCCUAGUCCUAGUCUUCUCAGAAGCCGACUUUCAGUGCCACCAAACCCUCUGUCAACGUGCUUCGGUCCUAGUCUCCUCGGGAGCCGACGGUAGUGCCGCGACCACAACGGUUACAGAACCAGUCAAGCAAGGGUAACGCCCUAGCAACCCAGCCAAGCUAAAGUCACGCUUUAGCAAGAUCUCAAUACUUCCCGGUGAUUUCGCUCUGCUCAAUCUGCAAUAUUGAGUAUCGAAUUGUGAACAAGAAGAAACUUCAGCAAAGUCCUCACCACGAGGCACAAAGAAUCCCACGACGAGGUUGGUGCUCUCCUCGUCUACAAUCGCUUGACAGAAGUCAGGUCAAUGGACACCCCCGACGACCGCACCCGAACGGUGCUGGCACGCCCGCGCAAGAAAAGAGACUGUUGACCAGCUGCAACAAAAUUGGAGCCAAACAUACAUGAUUGAUGAAGAUGAACCAAACAGCACAGCAGGGACGGAGAUUGAAUGGUAUCCAGCAAAAUACCUGACACAGAAGAUUGUUAAGAAGAAGCAUAAGAAGGGAUCAAAGAAUUCUAAGCUUCUGACUAAAACUAAAAAUUGUAAAAGUUUCUUCAAUUUCUUCAGUCCACCUCAAGUAUCCAAGGACGAUGAAGUUAUUGAUGAAGUUGCUGCCGAGGAACUCAAAAACCAGAAGAAACAAGACUAUGAUGUUGGGUCAACCAUAUGUUAUAAGAUCAUCCCACAUGCAGUUUCGUGGUUUACUGGAGAAGCAUUUUAGGAAGAUGAUUUGGGAGACUUGAAAGUUCCCAGCAUUUCUGAUGAAGUUGUUACGUAAUGCUUCUGAUUUGUUGAUAGGUUAUAUAAUUUAUCAACUCACCAACUUUUUCCGAGUGUGAUGAAGGAGCUCUUAAAUAUCUUAGAGACAUCAACUCACCAAGACUUUUAAAUUCCAUAGAUUUCUUUAAAAGUUCCACUAAUUCCAUGUACAAUACAUCCCCCUAAAAGUCUUGGAUAGACUUUUAACGGUUCAUGAAAGUCUUGAGAUAUUCAAUUAGGAUUUUUAAAGACUUCAUGAAUUCCACCAAAAUCUAGGGGUAUUCAAUUAGGACUUUUAAAAAUGAAUAAAAGUACAGAGGUAUUCAAAAUAUCAUUCAUACUUAUGGAAUUAGAAAAUCAUGGAUAAUCAUGGACUAUGUAGUGUUAACUAUAUAUACCAAACUCCAAUAAUUUUCCAGCCUCCAGACCAAA